AUGCGGCUCUUCCUGUCUACUAUCCUCCCUCUCUUCCUAUUUCUCCUUUCGUUCGCAGAUGCCAAUGCUGUCCCCGGAGCCCCUAAACGUAGUAACUACUCAAAAACCCUAACGGUUACUAAAAUCCUCCAGCUCCUGAAAUGCCACCGCGCGUCGGCGUCGUUGUUUUGCUCGACCUAUUUGCAUUACAAUGAGAGAACAACCAGGACGAUUACAAAGACGUCGACGAAGACUAGAAAUAUAGGUAGGACGACGACUAUUACGAAGACAAUUACGAAGUCGGUUGUGGAUUGUACUGUUACCGAGCCUUAUUUUUAUGAUACUACGACGUUGUUCGUUGGGCCUGCUUCUACUCUCACCGAACUUCAGGUUGUGUCUACUGCGGUUUCUCUCAUCUUCGGGGGUCCCAUAAUUUCCGCAGAAGACAAGAAAAAAGUGAAAAGAAAUCUAAAAUACCCAAAACCAACCCUCUCCCACGCGUACCCAUCUUCUCUGUCUAAGGCAUGCUCCUCCCUCAUCGGCCGCCCACCCCCUCGAAAGACAACCACCAUAACAGUCAACAAAUAUAUCAGCAAAAUCACCACAUAUACAAGAUUCAAAACCCAAGCUGUCACCGUAUCUUCCUGCACGGACACCCAAUUUUCAUUGUUACUGGCCACGGAAACAGCUCCUUCCACUACAAUUUUUAGCGAAGGGUUUAAAACCGUGACGGUGGCAACGCUUACUGAGACUAUCGAAUAUUUCUGCUGGCCGUUGGGAUUUGGAUGUGCUGCUGUGCCGACGCCUUGUUGUCCGGGGGCUUGUGAGAGGGUUUCGGGUAGGGGGAAUAUUUGCGUGCCUACUGAUCCAGCGGAGAAGGAGGCUUUUAUCAGCAGUUUGCUGGCUGAUAAUUAG